GGUUACGUAAUUUUGGCACGUGACAAUAUUUAAAUUGCCGAGCUUUCGAAAUGACAAUCUGAUUCAGCUCGCGAACAAUUUAACCGUUUUACUUUUCGUUCUAGGAAACCGAAUAUGAUGAAGCAAAAGAACGCAUUCCCUCCAAACUUCAUACAUUCUCUGGAUUCUAGCCAUAUGAUGCUGACCUCUCUCCAUUGCGAAAGGGCUGGCGUUACUUUCGUCUCGGUGCAUGAUUGUUACUGGACUCAUCCCUCUACUGUGCAUAUUAUGAACAAGAUUUGUAGAGAGCAAUUCGUGGCUUUACACUCGGAGCCAAUUUUACAAGACCUGUCAAACUUCCUGGCUGAUAAGUACAGCUAUAAAGAAGGGGAGACCACCGGUGAUGGCUCUGUUAGCGAUUUAACUAAGAAGAAAUUUAAUAGGAUGCUACGAAAGUUACCGAACACUGGGAAUUUUGACAUACAUCAAGUUUUAAAGUCUGUAUAUUUCUUUAGCUAAUGUAAGCUUACCAGAUUGUUAAGUUUGUUGAAUAUACGUUUUUUACUUUUGA